UUUUAGAAAAUGAGGGGAAAACAGAAAAGAAAACAUAAAUGAAUUGAAUUGGUGGAGAUUUUGAAGGGAAAAUGGCGUGAAAAAGCGCAGUUUCUGUAGCAGAGAGGUGAGGUAGAGGCAGUGUUUGUUCAUGGCGUGAGUAAGAGUUUGAUGAAGGCUUCCAUUUCAUCCCCCUUUUCUUAUUUGUGGGGUCUCUAGUUUUUGUAUAUUGAUGACAGCCUCGAUAACAGGCUGGAAAGUUUUGUGUGGUGGCUGCACUAAAAAAACUCUGCUCUAGAGCCCUUUCAUGCCGGGAUUAGUGGGAUCUUUCUUCUUCUUCUCCUUCCCUUCUCCGGCCUCUUUUCUCUCUGAUUCUUCACUUCCCCAAUACCCUUUUCAGGAUUAUCUGUUCUUCAUCAGGUAACACUCUCAUUUCUUGUUUGUCUCUUUGUUCUUUCAGCACUCUAAACCUGAUUCUGGUCUACUAUGGAGUUUCAUGUUCUUAUCUGUGAAAUUUGUGAAAUGGGUAUUGUUAGAUAGAUCCAUAUGGAGGUGGGUUUUGAAGGGUUUUGUUAGAUUUGUUCUUGAAGUGACGCUGUUGGGGUUUUAGUGAAUUUAGGAUCUGUGGGUAUUGAAAAUGGUGAAAAUGAAGCUUGUUUCAAUGUUUCUGGUUCUGUCUGGCGUAUUGUUCAUGUGUAUUGGAUCUUGCGCCGCUUUCACUCCCAUUGAUAAUUAUUUGAUAUCAUGUGGUUCUACACAAAACAUCACGUUCCAAGGAAGAACUUAUGUUCCUGAUUCUGGACAUUCCUUGUUCGCCAUUGAUGGUGGAAGCUCUGUUGUUGUUAGUUCUAAAGGCACAAGUGAGCCAUCUCCAAUCUAUCAAUCUGCUCGGGUUUUCACCGGCAUUGCGUCGUAUAAAUUCGAUAUCAAGAAACAAGGUCGGCAUUGGGUUCGGUUGUACUUUUAUCCUAUUCCGAAGUCGGAGCGAAAUCUGGCGUCUGCGUCGAUUACUGUUGUUACUGAGAAGUUUGUGUUGUUGAAUAACUUCACUUUCAAGAACUAUAAUGGUUCUUUUAUGUUCAAGGAGUAUGCAAUCAAUGUCACUUCAGAUUCCUUGACGCUUACGUUCAUCCCGUUUAAUGGUUCGGUAUCGUUUGUUAAUGCGAUCGAGGUUGUUUCGAUGCCUGAUGAGCUGAUACCUGAUCAAGCAUUGGCUUUGAAUCCAUCUGCUCCGUUUAGCGGUAUCUCUGAACUUGCUUUCGAAACUGUUUAUCGACUAAACAUGGGAGGUCCUUUACUCACUUCGCAAAAUGAUACGCUCGGAAGGACUUGGGAGAAUGAUAUGAAAUACCUCCAUGUCAAUAGUUCUGCAGUGAAUGUCUCGGCUAACCCGGGGAGUAUAAAGUAUCAUGCCGGUGUUACGCCAGAAACUGCACCGAACUUGGUUUAUGCUACUGCCGAUGCCAUGGGAGACCCGAAUGUACCGAACGUGAACUUUAACUUGACUUGGGUUUUCUCGGUCGAGCCAAAUUUUCAAUACUUCGUUCGAGUACACUUUUGUGAUAUCAUGAGCAAGGCUCUUAACAGUCUGGUUUUCAAUCUUUACAUCAAUUCUGAUAAUGCUCUGGGAAGCUUCGAUCUAUCGUCGUUAACGGGUGACUUGGGCGUGCCUUAUUACAAAGACUUCAUUUCGAACUCAGCAGAUUCGGCUACUUUGACUGUUAGUGUCGGUCCAGAUACGAUGGCAGACAUCACCAAUGCAACCAUGAAUGGUUUGGAGAUCAUGAAAAUAAACAAUCGAGUCGGGAGCUUGGAUGGAACUUCGUCCGUUGAAAGCCUUUUGCCGAAUGCGCCCUCGAAGAAGAACACUAUAGCAAUAAUUGUUGGUUCUGUCUCGGGAGCUGUCGUAGCCAUUGCUUUGCUCGUCUUGUGUUACUGCUGUUUCGUACGUCGCAAGUCGAAGUCUACUCAACCAGCACAACCAUGGCUGCCUUUGCCCUUAUAUGGGAACUCUCAAACCAUGACAAAAGUGUCAACAACUUCUCAAAAGAGUGGAACUGCAAGCUUCCUUUCAUUGACUUCCUCCAGUCUUGGCAGAUUCUUCUCGUUUCAGGAAAUUCUCGAUGCUACGAACAAAUUCGACGAAAAUCUACUCCUUGGAGUCGGCGGUUUCGGUAGAGUUUACAAGGGAACACUUGAAGAUGGUGUAAAGGUUGCUGUUAAAAGAGGUAACCCCAGAUCAGAACAAGGUCUUGCUGAAUUUCGAACCGAAAUUGAAAUGUUAUCAAAGCUCAGACAUCGUCACCUAGUGUCUCUUAUUGGCUACUGUGACGAACGAUCGGAAAUGGUUCUUGUCUACGAAUACAUGGCAAAUGGACCUCUCAGGAGUCACUUGUAUGGAACCGAUCUACCACCGUUGUCGUGGAAGCAACGACUUGAUAUUUGCAUCGGUGCUGCUAGAGGGCUUCAUUAUCUUCACACUGGUGCAGCUCAAAGCAUUAUACACCGAGAUGUCAAAACCACGAACAUUCUCUUGGACGAGAAUUUCGUCGCCAAAGUUGCAGAUUUCGGUCUCUCAAAAACCGGACCAUCUCUGGAUCAGACUCAUGUUAGUACUGCUGUCAAGGGUAGUUUUGGUUACCUCGACCCCGAAUACUUCAGACGACAGCAGCUGACCGAGAAGUCCGACGUAUAUUCAUUCGGGGUCGUGCUAAUGGAAGUUCUCUGUACAAGGCCAGCUCUAAACCCUGUUCUGCCUAGAGAACAAGUCAAUAUAGCAGAAUGGGCAAUGACUUGGCAGAAGAAAGGCAUGCUAGAUAACAUCAUGGACCAAAAUCUGGUAGGGAAAGUUAAUCCCGCAUCGCUUAAGAAGUUCGGUGAAACAGCGGAGAAAUGUUUAGCCGAGUAUGGUGUCGACAGGCCGUCCAUGGGCGACGUCCUGUGGAACCUGGAAUACGCUCUUCAGCUCGAGGAAAUGUCGUCUGCUCUAAUGGAACCCGAAGACAACAGCACGAACCACAUCCCUACCAUCCAACUGACUCCACUUGAGCCAUUUGAUAAUAGUGUAAGCAUGAUUGAUGGAGGGAACUCGGGCACCGACGACGACGCAGAAGACGUUGCAACGAGUGCAGUGUUUUCGCAGCUCGUAAAUCCUCGUGGGAGAUGAGAAAACGAAACAACGUUGUUCGGGUAGUAAGAUUUAGCCUGGAUGACCUACAAAGACAUUGGUGGGUCUAAUAUAUUUACAGUGGAUGGAUGAAGAAGUAUAUGGUUAUGUGAGUUCUUUGUCUUGGAUCAAAGUCCAUUGGCUCAAUUCAUUCAGAUUGUGACAUGGUUCUGCGACAUUAGCUGCCGCAGGUUGUUUUUUUAUACAUUUACUCGGACAAUGGAUUGUAUUAGUUGUAUAAUGUUUUUCUUGAUGACAAAGGGUAUAGUGAAUAAAGCACACGUUUUUUACUUCAAAAA